CGGCGCCUGUACCGCAUUGCUGUAGUGCGAGGGGAGGGGAGCGGGGCUGACUGACUGCAUUGCGCCGUCCCCGUCAAUAGGUGGACCCCCUCCCGGGGAAAUAAAGCCGCCCGAGCCGAAGCUGGCAGCCUCUGCUGUCUGAGACCACAGCUGCCGCCUCCGGUCGCAGCGGCUGCUCAGUUUUCCAUCCCUUAGCUAGCGUUGGGCCCUUCGGAAGGAUGGGGAAGGAGAAGACCCAUAUCAACAUUGUUGUCAUUGGACAUGUGGACUCUGGCAAAUCCACGACCACUGGCCAUCUCAUCUACAAAUGCGGGGGCAUCGACAAAAGGACCAUUGAGAAAUUCGAGAAGGAAGCCGCGGAGAUGGGGAAGGGAUCCUUCAAGUACGCCUGGGUGCUGGAUAAGCUGAAGGCUGAGCGUGAGCGAGGCAUCACUAUCGACAUCUCCCUGUGGAAGUUUGAGACCACCAAAUACUACAUCACCAUCAUUGAUGCCCCUGGCCACAGGGACUUCAUCAAGAACAUGAUUACAGGGACCUCUCAGGCUGACUGUGCAGUCUUGAUUGUGGCGGCGGGUGUAGGUGAAUUCGAAGCUGGCAUCUCCAAAAAUGGGCAGACCCGUGAGCAUGCCCUCCUGGCCUACACCCUGGGCGUCAAACAGCUGAUUGUAGGCAUCAACAAGAUGGAUUCUACAGAGCCACCCUACAGCGAGAAGCGCUACGACGAGAUUGUCAAGGAAGUCAGCGCCUACAUCAAGAAGAUUGGCUACAACCCAUCGACCGUGCCCUUUGUGCCCAUCUCUGGCUGGCACGGUGAUAACAUGCUAGAGCCCUCUCCCAACAUGCCUUGGUUCAAAGGCUGGAAAGUGGAGCGCAAGGAAGGGAAUGCCAGUGGGGUCUCCCUGCUGGAAGCUCUGGACACCAUCCUGCCCCCCACCCGCCCUACAGACAAACCUCUGCGCCUGCCCCUUCAGGAUGUCUACAAGAUUGGAGGGAUCGGGACUGUCCCAGUUGGUCGUGUGGAGACGGGGAUUCUGAGACCCGGCAUGGUGGUGACCUUUGCGCCCGUCAACAUCACCACAGAGGUGAAGUCUGUCGAGAUGCACCACGAGGCCCUGAGCGAGGCCCUGCCUGGAGAUAACGUUGGCUUCAACGUGAAGAACGUCUCUGUGAAGGACAUCCGCCGUGGCAACGUUUGUGGGGACAGCAAGUCAGACCCGCCUCAGGAGGCCGCCCAGUUCACUUCUCAGGUGAUCAUCUUGAACCACCCUGGCCAGAUUAGUGCCGGAUAUUCCCCUGUCAUUGACUGCCACACCGCCCACAUUGCUUGCAAAUUUGCCGAGCUGAAGGAGAAGAUUGACCGGCGCUCUGGCAAGAAGCUGGAGGACAACCCCAAAUCCUUGAAAUCCGGAGAUGCCGCGAUUGUGGAGAUGAUCCCCGGAAAGCCCAUGUGUGUGGAGAGCUUCUCCCAGUACCCACCCCUGGGGCGCUUUGCCGUGCGUGACAUGAGGCAGACCGUGGCAGUGGGCGUCAUCAAGAACGUGGAGAAGAAGAGCGGCGGUGCCGGCAAGGUCACCAAGUCGGCACAGAAGGCCCAGAAGGCUGGCAAAUGAAUCGUAGGCGCCCAGUGCCUCGCGCAGAAACCAUCCCCGCGACCAGGAUGCCGUCACCUUCUCCCCGAGGCGCAUGUGUGCACAUCCGCUUGUAAGAGUUUGUACGUCAACGACUGGAUGCUCACUAUUAAGGUCCAGUGGAAGUUCUUUAAAAGGAAAAGCAUCUCCCAGCGUUCGUGAGGCUUUGUGUUAAAUUUUACCAAUAAAACUGGUACAACAUC